AUGGAAGAAGUAAAAGAAGGAGACAAUGAAUCGAAUGGAGAGAAGAAAAACGCCAGCGUUAACGAAAAGAAAAAAAUCAUAGCGAUAUUCAACAAUUUUAAACCAGAAAUUUUAAUAGAGUACUGCUUCGGUAUCUACAGAUUUCAAAACAUCGAUGGAGAACUACGCCCACCAAACUGGAAAAUGAAAGUUUGCGGAAUCUUCAUUUUCUUUAUAUAUACCAUUGUGUUUUCUUGGUUUAUGUUCUUUGUUCCAGAUCCAGAAGCUUCGAAUUCAUUAGAACAAAGUGAGAUCAUGACAACUCUGGACUCCAUCCCCUCCUUCGUCGUUCUUUUCCAAUACGCAGCUCUGAUAGUAACCACCAACUUUUUUAGCUCAAUGAACAUCCGCAUCAUCACUUUGCUUGCAGAAGUAGACAAGACGUUACAAUUAGAGAUCUGUACUGACUUCUACAAAAAAAUGAGUUCUCGUAUCAGUAAAUUCUUGAUAUUUAUAACUAUCUCUCACGUAGUCAAUGGCUUGAUGGAUCUCAUCACUGUCGCAGAUAGAGCUUGGGCGAUAACCGUUUUCCCACUAUACUUUGUUCAAAGAUUCGAAGUAUUCAUUUUCUGUGCGUACGUAAUUGUUGUAAACGGGAGGUUGGCUGUUAUCAAUAACUAUUUGAAGGAGUUUAAUCAAGAACAGGACAAGAAGAAUGUCACAGUUUUUACAGUCAAAGAUACGAAAAUAAAAACAGAAAAGUCUUUUAACUAUAUUGGGCGUCCAUCAGUGAGGAAUAUGAAAAUACGCGAUCUGGCAACGACGUACGAUAACAUUGGGGAGAUUUGUUUCAUGAUGAACGAUGUUUUUAACUUCCAGAUCUUUCUGACUCUCGUGUCUGCAUUCGUUUACAUUGUUAUAACUAUUUGGACGUCGCUAAGUUUCUAUCGCGCGACAGCUUAUAGCGCAAACACACUGAUAAAUAAUGCAAUUUGGUGUUUUAACACUAUUUGCAAUGUUGCCACUAUGUCUUUUACUUGUGAACGACUCCUUAUUUCACGUAAUGAGACUAGGAUACUAGUAAACAAGAUAAUUAUGAACUAUGACUUGCCGAAGACGAUGAGGGUGCAGGCAAAAGCGUUCAUGGAGCUUGUUGAGGCUUGGCCGCUGAGGAUUUACGUCUAUGACAUGUUUUCAAUUGAUAUUAAACUUAUGCUGAAGUUUAUUAGCGUUGCAACGACGUACUUAAUUGUUAUUAUACAGAUUUCUCACUUCGUUUAA